AUGGAUUCAAUCUACCAAUUUUUCCUUUCGAUUUUCUCUCUGAUUGUAGUUUAUACACUCUUCAACAAGCUUACUAUUAAACUACCGCCCGGGCCACGAUCUUGGCCUAUUAUCGGAAAUCUCUAUGAUAUCAGGUCAAAUAAAUUUCAAUGUUAUAUAAGAUGGGCUCAACAAUACGGGCCUAUUUUUUCGGUUUGGUUUGGUUCGAGUUUAAAUGUUAUCGUAUCGAAUUCGGAGUUGGCUAGGGACGUUCUUAAGGAGAAUGAUCAACACUUGGCAAAUAGAUAUAGGAGUAGGUCAAUAUCCAAGUUUAACAAGGGUAAUAAUGGCCUUUUAUGGGCAGAUUAUUAUGAUCCACCUUAUGUUAAGUUGAAACAUAUUUGCAUGGCUGAACUUUUUUCUCCUAAGAGACUUGAAGCUCUUAGACCCAUUAGAGAAGAUGAGGUCACAGCUAUGGUGGACUCCAUUUUUAAGGAUUGCAUCAAUUCUGAAAACAGGAGCAAAAGCUUGUUAGUGAAGAAAUAUUUAGAGGCAGCUACUUUCAACAAUAUGACAAGACUAGUUUUUGGGAAAAGGUUUGAAGAGAAAAAUGGAGUUAUGAGUGAGGUAGGGUUGCAAAUUAAGGCCAUACUAACACAUGGGAUGAAGCUUGUUGAGCCAAAGAAGAUGAUAUGGUUGGAGCACAUUCCUUGGCUUCAUUGGCCUUUAGACAAUAAGAAACUUUCUAAACUUAGAGCUCAAAGGGAUGCACUUACUAAGUUUAUCAUGGAAGAACAUAGAGUUUCUUGCCAAAAAAGUGGUGAAACAACCCAAAAACAUUUUAUUGAUGUCUUGCUCACUUUGCAAGAGGAAUAUGAACUUAGUGAUGAUACCAUUAUUAGCCUUCUUUGGGACAUGAUGAUUAUGAGUGUGGAUGCUAUUGCUACAUCCGUAGAAUGGGCCAUGGCGGAGUUGAUCAAGAAUCCAAGAAUCCAAAAGAAGAUCCAAAAUGAGAUGGAUCAAGAGAUUGGAUUGAAUCGAAUUAUAACCGAAUGGGACUUUUCAAACUUACCAUAUUUAAGAUGCAUAGCCAAAGAAGCAUUAAGAAUCCACCCACCAAUUCCUUUUCUUCUUCCUCAUAAAGCCAAUACUCAUGUCAAAAUUGGAGGAUAUGAUAUUCCUAAAGGGUCAAUGGUCCAAGUUAACAUUUGGGCUUUAGCCCAUGAUCCAACAAUUUGGAAAAGCCCACUAGAAUUUCGUCCAGAAAGGUUUAUAGAAGAAGAUGUUGAUAUUAAGGGCCAUGAUUUUAGGUUUAUACCAUUUGGGGCUGGAAGAAGAGUGUGUCCAGGAGCCCAAUUUAGUUUGAAUUUGGUUACUUCUAUGUUGGCCCAUUUACUUCAUCAUUUUAAUUGGACUCCGGGUGAUGGGCUUAUGCCCGAGGAUAUUGAUAUGCGUGAAAAUAUUGACUUAUUUGCCCACAUGCGGACCCCACUACAAGCUAUUGUUAGUCCAAGAUUAUCUAACCAUUUGUAUAAAAGGUUGUUAUAA